UCUCGUCUUGCCCCCUUUCUUCCCGUCCCUCCCCGUUCCUUCUCCCCUCUCUGUCCUUGAGCGCGGGGUCACAGCCCGGCCUGUCCCCUCCUCUUCCCGCCGGCCCCUCCUCUUCCUGCGGGGCCGUUACCGGCCCGUUCCCGCGGGCCGCCCGGCGGCACCAGGUGAUGACUUAAUGCCUUACAUGGACCAAAGCCAGCUGAAAACAUUGAAGAUUGGUCCAGCCCCAAAUUUAUCCCCCUGCCUGGCACCAGCGAAGGAGGUUGGCCGCUGCUGGGAUACAAAGGCUGACCUCGUGAAUCUAUAACCUGAGUGCUGAUCCAGAUGUUGCUGUGAAACACCAAUAAUGUGCUGUGAUGACCUCCUUUGCCAACGUACCAGGUCGUAGGUCUUGAGGCAUUGAUCCAAGGGAGUAGGAAAUUGAGCUGUUGCUGAAUGUUCUUUAUAAUGUAGCUGCAUGUGAAGAAAUCCGCAGUGGCUUUGAGUCAUGCUGAGUAACAACAUGGGACACUGUUUCAUGGGACGGGGGGCCAUGGUUCCAAGGAGGAUGAAGCCGUUUCUCUGCAGGAUGUUGUCGGGUUACAAACCCAAAAACUAUGUCAAGGACUCUUACAAAAUUCUGGAGCUGGAGGAAGGCUGUUCCCUCGAUGACGUCAGAAACUCCUAUCGCAAUCUUGCCAAAAAAUACCACCCGGACAGCAGCUCCGGCAUGGCCGAUUCCAGGGCCUUCGUGAGGGUGGAGGAGGCCUACAGGGUUGUGCUCAGCGACCUGGCAGCCAAACAGAAAUCCGAGCCCGGCCAGGAGGAGGAAGACCAGUUCAAAUCCAAGUCCCUGCAGCACAGGCACUACCUGAGCUUCGAGGGCGUGGGCAUCGGCACGCCGAGCCAGCGGGAGAAGCAGUACAUGCAGUUCCGCGUGGACCGCGCCACCGAGCAGGUGCUGGAGUACCGGCAGCAGAGGCUGGAGAGCCGCUACGCCGGCAGCGACCUCAGCAGGGCCAAGGACGUGCGGCAGAGCAAGAAGGUGAAGAUAACUCAGGCCGUGGAACGGCUGGUGGAGGACCUCAUCCAGGAAUCCAUGGCCAAAGGAGACUUCGACAACCUCAGCGGCAAAGGGAAGCCUUUGCAGAAGUUCUCGCACAGCCCCCACAUCGACCCCAUGACCCACAACCUGAACAGGAUCCUCAUCGACAACGGCUACCAGCCCGAGUGGAUCCUGCUGCAGAAGGAGAUCCGGGAGACCAUCGAGCGCCUGAGGAAGAGCAUCGUGGCCUCCAGGAGGAAGCUCGGGGAGCCGAUGACGCUGCCGGAGCAGAAGCAGUGGGGUCGGAUCUGCGAGCAGUUCGCGGAAGACAUCAGGAAGUUAAACAAGAGGGUUGACAACUUCAACCUGGUGGUGCCCAUCCUGAGCAGGCAGAUGGUGCAUUUCAGCACCGACAAGGAAAUCCUCCGAGCGCGAAAGAAUUACGAGGCCGUCGUGGAAAAGGUUUCUGAUUCAGACAGGAAGGAAAACGGGGGGGAAGAGGGCAAAAGGUUUGGGUGGAAGUCUUCUCUCUUGAAGUGGUUAAAGCUUACACCGAAAUAAUUUCACACUAAUUCCUCUUGUCAAGGUUUUGAAUGCACUUUAUGAAUGGAAUUUAGCACUUGAGAAAUUUCAGGUUCACUGGAAAUGUCAAAUUCCCACUGUUACCGUACUUGAAGGAAAUUUGGUUGUGUGGUGAGCAUUUGCAUUAUAAAUAAUUGAGUUAUUUUAAAAUAUUAUUAAAUGAAAUGUGCCAGUU